UGUUUAUUUUCUAACCUAUAAAAGUGACAUUGAUGGUGUGAAUGUCAAACAUAAAUUAUCAUUUUUAAUGCUAUUAAACGUUAUUAUAAUAGUAUUUAACAUAAUUAGUGAGUUAUGUUAGCGAGAAUUCUUAACUUUACAUCCAUGUCACUUUUUUGUUCGCUGUGCGAUGAAAAAUAAUACAAUGCAAAGUUCAUUAGUGAUUAGUUUAUAAAAAUAGAAGCAAAUAAUAACAUCAUGAAAUUGUUUCGUCUUAUCGUCCACCAGAAGAAUUUCAGUGCUGAGGAUUUAAUUAUCAAUCCUAAGGAUUAUCUGGGUGCUAAUUUGGGGGAUAUUGUGGAGAUUUACCAUCCACCACCAGACGAUGACAACCCACGAAGUAAGAAGAAAAGUGAGCCUGAAGAGGAAUAUCCAAGGUUGUUGCUUCAAAUUAAAACAUUUCCUGAUGAUUCGACCCAACAAAAUGCCUUACAAAAAGAUACAAUCAGUGUUGAGCAAAGCAUAGCUCAAGCUUUUGGUUUACAAGCUUACAAAAAUGUGAUAAUUCGUAUUGUUGACCCCCCUGAUAUAGCAUUAGACUCGAUUGAACUGACUUUUAAAGACCAGUAUAUGGGCCGGUCUGAGAUGUGGCGCUUGAAAAACAGUCUCAUCAACACUUGUGUGUACAUCAAAAAGAAUAUUGAGUUUUGUGGGGGCGCUGUACGCUGCCAAGUUUAUGAAAUGUGGUCAAUGGGUGAUAGAGUGGCAUGUGGGGUUAUCACCGAAGACACAAAAGUUGUUUUUCGCUCAUCCACAUCUAUGGUUUAUCUAUUUUUACAAAUGUCGUCAGAAAUGUGGGAUUUUGAUAUUUACGGUGACUUGUAUUUUGAAAAAGCUGUUAAUGGUUUUUUGGCUGACUUAUUCAUGAAAUGGAAGAAGAACGGAAGCAAUCACGAAGUGACAAUUGUUUUGUUUUCACGGACGUUUUACGAAGCUAGUAAUUUGGAGGCGUUCCCUCUGCACAUGCGAGAAUGUCUCCAGAAGGAUUAUAAAGGGCGAUACUAUGAAGAUUUUUAUAGAGUUGCAGUCCAGAACGAACGUUAUGACGACUGGAGCGGGAUUUUGGUCCAGUUGAGGCGAAUUUUUUCCGAAUAUUUGAAAAUCGUACUUGAGUAUCACAAAAGGCCAGGGCUGGAUAUUCCAGCUGCAACGAAUAGUACAGCAGCGCAAGGAAAUUUCCUAGAGGUGCUAAACAUGUCCUUGAAUGUAUUUGAGAAACAUUAUUUGGAUCGAAGUUUUGACAGGACUGGGCAACUCAGUGUUGUGGUUACACCUGGAGUUGGCGUUUUUGAAGUUGAUCGCGAGUUGACCAAUAUAACAAAACAACGAAUUAUCGAUAACGGUGUUGGGAGCGACUUGGUGUGUGUUGGGGAACAACCACUGCACGCAGUUCCCCUCCUAAAAUUUCAUAAUAAAGACACUCAUAUGAACGUACCUGACGACUAUUCAAUGCCUCAUUGGAUAAAUUUAUCGUUUUAUUCAACUAACAAAAAAAUUGCGUAUUCGAAUUUUAUUCCACGGAUUAAGCUACCGCCCCCUUUGCCCGCAGAAGAAGUGAAAAAGGAUUCGCCUAAGAAACUUGUACCUCAAGAUGAUUACAUUCACAAUUCGUUUUUUGAUUAUGACGCUUACGAUGCACAGAUUUUCCAGUUACCGCCAGUGCAUGCAGUUCACGAGACUAGUACAAUACACCAUAAAGUUAUCCCGCGUUACAAGCGAAGCUCUGGUAGUUUAUUAGACUCGCAUGAAUUAAUCAAAGGUCAAAGACGCAAAUUGUCCGACCCUGAUCUGCCCCACAGGAUUAACUCCAACGCCCGGUCCGAGCCGAUUGCAAUUCCUCCUGCAGCCACAAGCCCCCUUGUCUCACCACACGCCGAUGAUAAGGAAUUAUCACCGCCGGUACGAAUGGUGGUGGGCUCUGAAGGCUCACCCCCUUUGGAGUCCCGCGCUUUGAUUAACCCAUUUGACCCCUCACAUGUUACAAUUAAGCUAACUUCAAAUCGUAGACGAUGGACACACAUUUUUCCUAAAGGACCGACGGGAGUUUUGAUUCAACAACACCACUACCAAGCAAUUCCGACUCAAUCUGAGCCAGUCAACCCCGAAUGUGAUGGCAAUAAUCCAAAGUUAGAUCGCAUGGUUUCGUCCGGGAGUACACAAUUGGCAAAGUCAUUUUGCGCCACUGCAGCUUUACACGAAUAUUGUAAGAAAAGACCAAAUUCGCAGAGUAAUAGUCACAGUGUGGCUAGCGCCCCCAAAAACCCUUCUAAAAGUCUGACACUGUUGUGGGGGGCGACCGGUGAGCAAGAAUGGACGCCGGCUUUAACGACAGUCAAUGAUGUCCUUAUAGGAGUGGAUUGGAAGUCGCUAACAAUACCGGCCUGUCUACCAAUCACCACCGAUUAUUUUCCCGAUAAGAGGGCCCUUCAGAUCGACUACGUAGUGUCUUUGUACAGUUUACUACCCGAUAGUGUGAAUGCAGAUUUUGCUCAACAACGCCCCACCUACAAAAGACCUCUAACUACAGUUGAAGUUUUCAAAGAGUUGAUUUCUCAGCGUUUGGCGCAAGGUUUCCAAUUGAUAUUAAUGGCCAACAACGCUGAUAAAAUAAACAGCAUUAAUGCCCUGAACCCGAAAAUGAGGGGCCCAGUAACUCGAAUAAGUGUGACCGAAAACGACGAAUCGUAUUAUCUCUCGAUUGGUCGACUUUUUCAUAAAAUUUCACUGUCGGGAAAUACUAUUUCUGUCACCAGAUACAGACCCAGACACCCGUAUCCUGGAUUUAAUUACCAAUAUCGGUACAGAUUCCACGCCCCCCAUCACGACACUUAUGAAGAGUCUUACGCGACUUUCACCACCGAAAAACUGGAACAUUUUAAUUGGAAUUACUUGGACCAUUAUGUGUGCACAGGGGGCGACACUGAAUUCGCCCUAGUUGAUGCUUUAAAAUAUUGGAGAUUUCGUGUCUACUUACUUCCUUUAAACAACUCGGCCAAUAAAAAAAUAAUUGACGGUGCCGAACACUGUGAUAUUUACACAGCUGCCACACCUUCUGACCAUCAACAAAUGGUCGAUGGAUUAUUGAAAUUUAUUGAAACGGCCGUAAAUAAAAUAAAAAGGACUUUGCCGUCGAAGAAAACAAGGAAGUCACUGAGUGUUAUAAACAACGCGCCUUUGGUUCAACCCAGACGUAACAGUAUGAGCAAUUUCUCACAGAACGUCAACUGUAAUUCACCAUUCCGGGAACGCCUGGGCAGCAACCGGCUCUCCGACCGCCCGCGUCCUAGGUCGGGCUCAAAAGUUAUGGAACGGAAUCGGACCUCGCAAAGCUCCGAAUCGCAGUCGAGUUCUGAGUCUCAAUCACAUGAUGCUUAUCCCGAUGAGAAUGCUGUUCAAGCCGGUCCUUGUCUCAAAAACACAGCAACGAGUUUGGAGAUACUCGAAGCAAUGAAAAAUCCUCUGAACGGACUUAUGUUUAUUUCUGCUCAACAGAAUUUACCUUCGUUGACUUUCAUUGCUUCGGAUGCUGUGAAUUGGUUAAUGUUACGCAUGGAAGGCGUCACAACUCUAGACAGAGCCGUUCAGAUAAUGCAAAAUUUACAUUUAGAAGGUUUCAUUCGACAUGCUUCAGGUGAUCCAAACAAACAAUUUUUAUUUGGUUUCUUCCUGUUUUAUAUUAUUGAGAAAGAUGAUAAAGAUUCGUUUCAACCGACUGGUGAUUUGCAAACUUUUGAGAAUGAGUGGUUGGAAGUCGAAGUAAAAUCAGCUUUAAAUUGGGGCUUGUCCGAUGUGGCUAACGGAAUGGAAGUACCUAAUACGUACUGUGACCGGAAAUACGGCGUGCCCCAUUUUCUUUGCGAGGAUAUUAACGUCGAAUAUGCGGAAAACGAGAGUACGAUUUACAAAAGAAUGCGUUUGGAGACAGACGUUGCGGGCAAAAGUGACCGUGUAGAGUGGGGCCACGUCCGCUACCAGACGACUUUUAUGCCGGACCAAGCCUACGAAUUAAUUGUCGAAUGGUUGACAUCAUCAGGUUCUAUUGUUGCCGAAUUGCUGUCCAGUUGGCAUAGAAAAGCUCAAACUUGUGGCUUACAAAUGAUCCCGAUCCCUCACGACCCCCUCGCUUUACCCUACUCUAAUAAAAGUGACCCGUUGAGAGGACCUAUUUUUGUACCCCUUAAUAUAAAAUGCCUUGAGGAACGUGACACAAUUUUUAAAGAAUUUAAAGACGGGUCGUCGUUAGAACGCCUAUUUUUGUUACAAGAGGCGAUUAUACAAAGAUUUGGUUUCUUUAAUUGUAUGUUGGAGCCGCCCGUCAAUCUUGAGGCUACUUCUCGUGAACACCAAUACGUUCAUUGUACCGGAACUGUUUUUAUUUUGAUUUCGAGACCAGCGUUAAAGCCUAGAAGUCGGAUUCCGUCAGUCGGGAGUAAACCUAGGUCUACUGGCAGGUUUUCAGUGCAUGCGGAUGUUGUUCCCAGUCCACAUGAAGCCUAUAUUACGAGACACGUGAGUGGGAAAAAUAAGGACGAUUAUGAUAAUUCCAGAAAGAUGGGAUUUCUAUGGUCUUGGAAUCAUAUGGUUAGUAGGAGGUGGCGUACGAAUCAAGGUGUUGAUAAUAAUUUCCAAACAAAAUUGCUGAGGGAUUUUAGAGAGUUUUGUGCCAAUGUUGGUGACAGGUUGAGAAACUUCUGGGAGGAGAGUUGGGUUACCAAAGAAAAUGCUUCUACAAAUUUUAGUUUAGAUAAUUAUUUGCGGAAAUAACUUUUUUUGCUUUAUUCUUUACAAACUAUUUUGUAAAAAUAGUUUGGACUAAAGCAUUAUUUUAAAUUCAAAGUUUUUGCUUACAUUUUAUUUA